AUGCAAGAACAUUCAUAUACAUUACCAAUGUGCUCUAUCGGUCGUACAUCUUAUGUUCCAUCAACAGUAGCAAAUGUUUCCAUUGAUACUCAUUCAUCAUCAUCAUCAUCAUCACCACAAUCAACAAACAUGUCGAAUGAUAUUGAAACUGGAAGUGAAUCAUCAACAUCAACACCUGAAUUAAAUUUAUUAUUGGACAAAUUAACUGAAAUACUACGAUUUCGUUCGGGGUGUCGACGACAUUUCGCACUUCCACAACAAGCAUCACAGUCACCAGUAUCAACAACAACAACAAAUUUAAAACGUUUACAAUCGAGUAGUAUUGAACCUUUACAUAAUAUUGCAGAUGUUACUUCUACAGCAUUGGAUGGUUCAUCAUCAUCAUCAUCAUCAUCAUCAUCAUCAACAACAGCAACAACAGGUGCAUGGAAAUCAUUGAAUAUACAUCAUAAGUCAUCGAUACCCAAUCGUUCUUCACAUUAUCAUCAUAAACAUCAUAUGAAUAUAUCAACGAAUAUACAUAAUUGCGAAAAAAAACGUCGUUUACCAGGUUUAUUACAACGUUUAAUUGAUGAAGGAAAUUUAAUAAAAGAAGCUGUACGUCGUUUAAAAUCACAAAGUUUUUCUCAAAUAUCUAAACAACAACAACCAAAUAUUGUUAAUACUCCGUCAACACCAAAUUCGUUGCAAAUUCAAUUAAAUUUAACUUCACGUUUAACACCUUCAUCAUCAAUAAAUAUCAAUAUUCCACAACAAUUAAGUGAUUCUCCAACGCAAACAACAUCAUCACCAAAUCGUGGUAUUUCAUGGUUUCUUUCAUCAAGUGUAUUUGGUGUUAAUGCAUCAAAUACAAAUCAUAGUAGCGGAAGUGGAUCACCACUUCGUUCAUGUUAUUCUUCAACUACACAUGAUCGAACACCUAUGGAAAUUGGUAUUCAUGAUGGAUAA